AUGGUCGCCAAUGGUAAUAAGAAAAGAAAAAUAACUCAUAAUUCCUCAGACGAUGAAUCACACGCUCCAACAACGUCGAAACGAGCGCAGAAGGACUUCUUCAAGCACGCUUCCAAUUGGAAUCUCGAGCAAGACUACGAGUCUCGACCACGAAAGGGGAAGAAGAAUGAAAAGGAAAAUACCAAACUCCCCAUAAAGUCGCAAGAUGGUCGAUUAGAACUUCUUAAGGGCCUUGACCCGGACGACGAUGCGGCUUCCAUCGAGAGCGAUACCGAGUGGCUUGAGGGCCGUGAUGGUGGAGUUGAAUCGGAGGACGAAGAAGUGGUGGAGGAGAUUAAGGCAGCAGAAGUUCCAGAGGCCCAGCGAAUUCUGGAAGCACAGGAGGAAUUAGCCAAAGCCGCCAUGGCGCUCAAUGAAAACCCUGAAGAAAACAUCGGCAACUUGAAGACGCUCGCCCAGAUCGGCCGGUCGAAAAUCCCCACCAUCCGCAUGUUGGCGCUCAUGACGCAAAUGACGGUAUACAAGGACAUUAUUCCGGGAUACAGAAUACGACCUCAAUCCGAAGAUGCACCCAAAGAGAAGCUGUCAAAGGAGGUCCGCAACACACGGCAGUUCGAACAGUCCCUCGUAGCUGGCUACCAAGCGUACAUCAAAGAACUCGCCCGCUGCGCCAGAUCAGAAACAACCCCCGUCCGCAGCGGACAGAGCCUCUCCAAUGUCGCCGUCACAUGUGCAUGUACCCUCAUCACAUCCGUACCACACUUCAACUUCCGCUCCGACAUCCUGCGAAUUCUCGUCGGCAAACUCAGCCGAAGGAAAAUCGACAAGGACGCCGCCAAGAUCAUCCAAGCCCUUGAAACCCUCUUCCGUGACGACGAAGAAGGCCGCCCCUCUCUCGAAGCCGUCUCUCUCAUCACGAAAAUGAUGAAGGCCAAGGAAUUUGCCGUCCACGAAAGCGUACUUAACCUCUUCCUCAGUCUUCGUUUGCUCUCUGAAUUCUCUGGCAAGGCGUCCCAAGACACCGUGGAGCAACAGCGGGCACCAAAGACCAAAAAGAAGCGCGAAUUCCGGACCAAGAGGGAAAGAAAGGCAAUGAAGGAGCAAAAGUCGUUGGAUAAGGACAUGUCUCUGGCCGAUGCGCUCGUCAGCCACGAGGAACGAGAACGAAUGCAGUCCGAGACGUUGAAGCUUGUCUUUGCCACAUACUUCCGCAUCUUAAAGCAGCGGUCACCGCAUCUGAUGGGCGCGGUGCUGGAAGGACUCGCUAAAUACUCCCACCUGAUUAAUCAAGACUUCUUUGGCGACUUGUUAGAGGCGCUGAAGGAUCUCAUCCGCCACAGUGACGAAGACGCCGAGCAGGGUCCCGCGGAUGAGGAAGCCGCCGAAAAGGAAGAUGAUGAAGAGUCGGUACGGAAUCUCACCCGCGAGGCCCUCCUGUGCACCGUCACCGCAUACGCCCUGCUAGCGGGCCAGGAUGCCCAUAACUCACGAAACGACCUACAUCUUGACUUGUCAUACUUCACAACACACUUGUUCCGCUCUCUGCUCUCUCUUUCUCUUCAAUCUGAUCUCGAAAACACCCGUCUGUCCACGUCCUCUGCCACGUCCAAGAUCAACGUCCAAACCACCACAGUGCUCCUUCUUCGCUCGCUGACGGGCAUCCUGCUCCCUAAUUAUAACAUCCGUCAAGUUCCUCCUUUGCGCCUCGCCGCCUUCACGAAACAGCUUAUGACUACCGCACUACAACUUCCGGAGAAAUCAUCCCAGGCAAUCCUCGCCUUACUUAAUGAUGUCGCACACACACAUAGCAAGAAAAUUAACAGCUUGUGGAACACCGAGGAGCGGAAGGGCAAUGGUCAAUAUAAUGCGAUGAGCGAUUCUGUGGAGGGAAGCAACCCGUUUGCAACUACUGUGUGGGAGGGAGAGUUGCUAAGAAAGCAUUUCUCGCCAAAGGUCAGAGAAGGCGUCAAGAUGUUGGAAAAGGGCAUGUCGGGAUAA